AUGCGACGACCCGAACUCAAUGUUUAUAAGCCAUUCUCUCUCUUCAAAGUUUAUUCCAAAAUUUGAUUCUAUUCAGAUCCCAUAUUCUUCAUUGGUGGAUCCGUUUUUCUGUAUUUGGACAAAACCUCAUUCAUUCCCUAUAUAUUCAUCCUUACCCUCUUCCUCAAACUGUUUUCCCUCAACAACACAUUCAUAUAAAUUUUUAUGGUUUCAAUGCAAUUCCACCACAAAAUGCACUCUCAUAAAAUGGAAUUUCGUGACUAUAUCCUAGCAUUGGAAGAAGAAAAGAAGAAAAUUCAGGUUUUCCCUAGAGACCUUCCUCUUUCUCUUGAGCUUGUUACACAAGCCAUUGAAACUUGUAAGCAACAGUUGUUUGGAACACAAUCGGAGUGUUCGGAACAGACAUCGACAGAUGAAGGUCUUGUUUUUGAGGAGUUUAUUCCUAUCAAGAAAAGGGCAUUGUCCCCCGAUUGCGAUGAAAAUGAUGAGGAAGAUGACGACGAUGAGGAGCAACAUUCAUCACAUAAGAUGAAAUCUGAUUGGCUAAGAUCUGUUCAGUUGUGGAAUCCCAACCCUUCAUCUGCUAAAGAGGAUGUACCUAGGAAAACAAAUGUCGUAGAAGUGAAGAGAAAUGGUGGAGCAUUUCAACCAUUCCACAAAGAGGAAAUCGCUGCUGAAAAAGAUAAUGCAUUAGAAAGUGAUAAAGCACCAACCAGUUCGCCUCAAGUACCAGCUACAAGUUCUACCGAACCAGUUCCUGAAAGCGGCAGCAAAAAAGACGAUAAAGGUCAGAGAAAGCAGCGCCGUUGCUGGUCACAGGAAUUGCACAAACGCUUCUUGCAUGCCCUUCAACAACUUGGCGGUUCAAAUUCUGCGACGCCAAAACAGAUCAGGGAACUAAUGAAAGUCGAUGGCCUCACCAACGAUGAAGUCAAAAGUCAUUUACAGAAAUUUCGUCUGCACACAAGAAGAAGCCCAAUAAUUCACAACAAUUCUAAUUCACAUACAGCUCCUAUGUUCUUGGUAGGGAACAUUUAUGUCCAACCACAAGAAUAUGCUGCAGUAGCCACCAAAACAACAGUGUCAGGAGAAUUAACCACAGUUACUACUCCAACAGGAAUUUAUGCACCUGUGGCUACACAUCCUUCAUCUACAACCACAGUUAUAAAACCAAAGUCUAAGAAAUUUGAGUUGAGUGAGAAUUCACAUUCUGUAGAAAGAGUUGUUGCUCAUUCUAACUCCCCUGCCUCAUCAUGUUCCACUCAUACACCUACAACUUCAAGAUGCUGAAAAAUAAUUCAUUUUUGUAGCUAUGUUUUAGUAGAGUUGUUUUGUUUGGGACUUAAAUUAUACAAGUGAAAAUACAGUGAAAGGAAAGUGACAUUUUUGUAUGUUAAGUAAAUAAAUCGCCCUUCCUAGGCAACAUGUUCAACUUUAUCACAUUGGUGGUCAAUUUGUGCGGUUUCUAUUUUCUUUGGUUAAAAAAAUUGUUCGGUUUUUUUUUUAUCAAGUAGCCUAGUGCUAGAAUUCACCCUUUUCAAGAUGAAUAAGUGGGGUGUCCGGGGUUCGAACCCCUGUUCUUGUAUAUAAUAAUGCAUGUCAAUGUCAAUUGAGCUAUAGGGAUAAAUUGUUCGGUUUCUAAUCGAUUAAAUUACCAUUUUAACA